CUCUCACUUCUCAACCUAGUCGAAGUAACUUGCCGAGCGAGGAGUCGUCGCUGCCGUCUACUCUGCUUGAUAUCGGCGUUGUAUUGUUCGACGUUGUUGUUCGGCAUUCCCAGCCCCAGUAUGGGGCUAUGCGUCCUUCCGGUCCUCUGCUUGCUGCCUUCCGCUUCCUCUUUACGCCUGCUAUCUUGAGUACACUAUAUCUCUACCUGUUCCCGGUCCUUCAACAAUGCCACUUUCCUGUCGCCAGACGGGGGAAAGCGGCAUGCCUACUUCCAGGGGCAGAGAGGCAGGCAUACCAGUGGGAAGAGAAAGCGCCAUUCAGGUUGCUCGCACUGGCUGAUCCGCAACUGGAGGGUGACACCUCUCUGCCUAAUCCGAAUGCAUCUUUGUUGCCGAGCCUUCAGCGCUUUGGAAAGGAUUCUUUGGUCACUAUCACCACCGGCCUGCUUCGGAACGAUGUGCCACGAGUGUUACAGGCUUCUAGGAAGCGGUUGGAUCUUUGGGGCAACGAUCUAUAUCUAGCACACGUCUACCGCACUGUGCGCUGGUGGACACAGCCAACGCAUACCAUAGUGCUUGGAGAUUUGCUGGGCAGUCAGUGGGUUGGCGAAGAUGAGUUCAGCAAACGAAGUGACCGCUUUUGGAACAAAGUCUUCAAGGGUGCUGAGCCGGUGCCACGAAAUAUCACCGAAAGUAGUGGGAGAAUAGAGGUUUUAGGUGCGGAUGCGCGAUGGACGAAAAGAGUUAUUGCGGUAGCUGGCAAUCACGAUAUCGGUUACGCUGGCGACAUUGACGAGCAACGCAUUGAACGCUUCGAGCGAACUUUUGGCAAAGUCAAUUGGGACUUACGCUUUCGGCUAAAUGCAUCCUUGUACUCAUCGCUACCAACUCAGCAGAGCUGGCUGCACCAAAACGUGUUCGACGCAGCGCCACCUGAGCUCCGCAUAGUCGUCCUGAACUCGAUGAACCUUGAUGAGCCGGCGCUCAAGCCUGAGCUCCGUCAGCAAAGCCUUGACUUCCUCUCUGACCAACUCUAUGCGAGACCACGCAAUAGCAACGCAGCUACUGUGUUGCUGACCCAUAUACCCCUGCACAAACAAGCCGGCAUCUGCGUCGAUGCCCCUUUCUUCUCGUUCUUUCCGCAAAACCAAGGUGGCGGGAUCAAAGAGCAGAAUCACCUCGGCCGAGAGAUAAGCUCUUAUAUCCUAGAUGGCCUUCUGCCAGAUGGCAAGAACGCUGGAACGGCAAUCAUUCUCAACGGACAUGAUCACUAUGGCUGCGACACCUAUCAUCACCGGAAACCAUCUGCCAGCGAGGCGAACUCGACGAAGAAUGGUUGGCAAGCCUUGCACUACGUGCUCUCUGCCUCCGAGCGCAACAAUUCGACUAACACUGGGCUCCGCGAGAUCACCGUGCAGAGUAUGAUGGGCUCGUUCGGUGGCAAUGCAGGACUCCUUAGCGGCUGGUUUGACCGGGAAGUUGGUGAAUGGAAGUUCGAAUAUGGUGCUUGCAUUAUGGGCGUACAGCACGUAUGGUGGGGCGUGCAUGUAUUGGAUAUCAUCGUGAUAUUGUUGGCUGUGGUUGGUGUGGCUUCCUUCGUCAUGGAAGAGCGAGCACGAGUCCGCCCAGUUCCUAAAUGUUAG